AUGCGUGUCCAAGCAAUACUUGCUCUGGCCUCCGCCAGCUUGCCAUCAGUCUUUGCCCAAGCUGCUGCGUGGGCUCAAUGUGGUGGAACUGGGUUUUCCGGAUCAACAACCUGUGUUUCUGGUUAUACCUGUGUUGUCGUCAACAGCUAUUACUCUCAGUGUCAGCAAGGAUCUGCGACCACCACACUUAUAACAAGUGCUGUAACCACAAGCCCUGGCUCUGGCUCUACUUCCACAAGCAUCGACGCCAAAUUCAAAGCACACGGCAAAAAAUACUUUGGUCUCGCUUCAGAUCAAGGUCAUCUAUCAGACAGCACCUAUGCAGGCGUCGUCAACGCCAACUUCGGUCAAUUGACGCCGGAAAACAGCAUGAAAUGGGGAAGCGUAGAGGCAACCAGGAACAGCUUCAGCUGGACACAAGCCGACUAUCUCGUGCAAUUUGCGCAAACAAACAACCUACUUGUGCGUGGACAUACCCUGCUGUGGUACCAGCAAUUACCAUCCUGGGUCAGCAAUGGCAACUGGGACAAGGCGAGCCUGACGACGCUCAUCCAAGACCAUAUCAAGACUGAGAUGGGGCGGUACAAGGGUAAGAUCUAUGCCUGGGAUGUUGUCAACGAAAUCUUCAAUGAAGACGGCUCUCUGCGUAAUUGGGUCGUCUACAAUGUCCUCGGUGAGGAUUUCGUGCGGAUUGCUUUUGAGGCUGCGCGCGCUGCAGAUCCGAAUGCUAAGCUGUACAUCAACGAUUACAACCUCGACGAUGCAAACUACGCCAAAACAAAGGGCCUCAUCGCGAAGGUCAACCAGUGGCGUGCGGCCGGCAUCCCUAUCGACGGCAUUGGUUCGCAGGCCCACCUCAAUGCUGGUGGUUCCUCGGGAACCAAAGCAGCACUGCAAGCUCUCUGUGCAGCCGCACCGGAGUGCGCAAUUACGGAACUCGAUAUUGCACAAGCUCCUGCCGCUGACUAUGUCGCGGUUACCCAGGCAUGCUUGGCUGUUGAUAAUUGCGUUGGUAUUACUGUAUGGGGUCUGCGAGACAACGAUUCUUGGAGGACUGGCCUGAACCCACUUCUUUUCGACUCCAACUACCAACCCAAGCCUGCGUACACUGCUAUUUUGAAUGCAUUGUAA